AUGCGUCUCAUCAAUAUAGAGACACAGAAACUGGAGGAGUUUUUCGGUGAUGCAAUCCCGCCGUACGCCAUAUUGUCGCAUACCUGGGGAGCCGAUGACGAAGAAAUAUCUUUCCGCGAUAUCCAGACAGGGGGAGGGAACAUUGAGAAAGCCGGCUACGGACGGAUCAAGUUUGAGGGAUGUUGCAAUCAAGCCAAGAAGGACGAGCUCAAAUAUGCUUGGAUUGAUACCUGCUGCGUCGAUAAAGCCAACGCCGUAGAGCUGAGCGAGGCUAUCAAUUCCAUGUUUCGAUGGUAUAAGAGAGCCGCCUUUUGCUACACCUAUCUGUCGGAUGUUCCCCCUGGUGAUAAUUCUUGGGACUCGGGGUCCAAGUUCUUCGCUAGUCGUUGGUUCCGGCGAGGAUGGACAUUGCAAGAACUCCUGGCCCCAGAGGAAUUACAUUUCUAUAACCAAGAAUGGACCUUCAUAGGCACAAAGGGCGACAUGUCUAAGGAGAUCGAGACCAUUACAGGUAUUCCUCGACAAUUCCUACUCGGCUGGGAGGAUUUCUGGGACGCGACAGUAGCGCAACGCAUGUCCUGGGCCGCGAAUCGAGGUACUAAAAGGGAGGAAGAUAUUGCGUACUGUCUCCUAGGAAUAUUUGGUGUGACUAUGCCGAUGAUCUAUGGCGAAGGCGAUCAAGCCUUCAUUCGGUUGCAGGAGGCAAUCAUGAAACACACGCGGGACGAUUCUAUUUUGGCAUGGGGCCUUAACGCUGUGGAAUCCGUACCAAGCAACUCGACGGAUGUGGUCUCCGCGGGGAUUUUGGCCACUGCUCCAUCGGACUUCGAGAACUGCGGACGCAUUGUUCUGAGGAAACAAGAUGCCUUGGCUGCCAAUACAUUCGACAUUUCUGGCGGCCGCCUCCGGGUGCACCUCCCUCUACAUGCAGCCUCGGAUGGCGAGACGUUCGGCUUACUUCAUUGCGGUCCGGAGCACGACACUGAGCAAGUUGUGGGAAUCCCACUCCACAAGGCUGUCCCUGGCGCAGCAUCUGACGAGUACCUCAGGCCGCAGGGGCAUCAUCCAGUUUUACUUGCUAAGACUACAUCUAUUGCUUCACCUGAGCCAAUUCGCAUCCAGAUGGGACGUCAGAGCAGGGUGCACAAGGCAACGAGUCGGCGGUACUGGCUCUAUAUAAACGGACAUCAGAAGAUCAACGCCAAGCUGAAUGAUAUCUAUCCCCAAUUGUCCUGGGUGAAAGGACGCGCACUGAUUGCUGAGGCAAACGACUUAGACGGACAUAUCACACGACGAUAUUUGGCUAGAUUCCGCACUCAGGGCGAAGGAUCUCAGGAUAUCGUAGUAGCACUUGAGUUCGAGAUACGGGGAUUGCAGGUACAAGCUCGACAUCAUGUUAUGAUAUCCUCCAGAGAUACCGCUUUAGAAGAUUUGUCCCAGAAACUCGUUUACAUGGAGCGAGAAGCAUUUGGGAAGCACAGCGCCAGCAAUGGCAACCUCAACCUGAACGUAACAGUGAAAGAAGAACUAUUUGCCCAGCAACCGACGUUUGUGAUCACGCUCGCUCGAAUGUCAACUUCACCGGAGACUACUAUUAAUGCAACCUUGGAACUGCGGCAAGUGAAUUUAAAGCUUGAAUUCGUGAAAACAUUGCAAGAAGAAGACCAAAUACGUCAAAAGACGGAACAAUUGAAGCAGCAAAGAGACGGGACGAUAGCUGCUUUAGCCUCGAUGAAGAAACGACUAGCCGUGGUAGACAAAGAAUUAAGAAAACAGAAUGAGGAGAAAGCAUUGCUAACUAUAGAAAUGAAUGAACUGACAAAUAGAGAUAAUGAGGCCAGCCAACUGCAAGACGAGUUGUCAGGGCAAGAAUCAGAAACCCAACGGCGUCUGGAUGAGCUCGAUGGCAAAUUGGCUUCCAAGGACUGGCUUGGCCGGAUGAUCAAGAUGCUGCUCGACACUUCGGUCAGCCCGUCCAAGGCCAAGAGCCAAGCCACCAAGUCUGUCACCAUUUUCAGCAUACCACGUCAAAAACUGCGGGACAAGCCGGCCAACCGACUUCACGAUAUUGAGUUCGCCGCGGAAAUCAGCACGUCCCUGCUAGCCCAGGUUCGCAGCUUGCAGAGCCUCCUCACCGAGAAGGACGAAGAGCUAAGAGACAGCAAGUCCGAGGUCUCCAGGCUCGACACCGAAGCCGAGAGCCUGCGACAGCGCGUUAAGACGCUGGACGAGAGUGAUCAGCGCUACAAGGACGAGAAUUGGAAUCUCGAGACCGUCAUACACGAAAUGAAGACCGCGCUAAAGGAAGCGGCCGAGCGGGAGAAGAAGAUGGCUCAGUCGCUCAACAUCCUUCAAUCCGAGGGGAUUCCCACCCGGAGAGAGCUCGAAGAGAUCAAGGCCACAAAUUCCUAUCUCAUCGAUGACCAUGCAGCCGCCCUAAAGCACUACGAAAUCGAACUGGACAGCGCCAAGCGCAAGAUCGCGGAGCUGACUGGCCAGAACCAAGGGCUCGCAAAGGCAUUCUCCCUGCAGCACGGGAGGGGGCUGGACCGUGAUGUCGGCACCAGUCGGCAACUCUGUCAGACCGACGAGCGUCCUAGCAAGCGGCCGAGGGCUAAAAACGAUAUAACUCCAAGUGAGUGGGAGUCUGAUGCUAGGUGA